UGGAUUUGAUUCAUUGUUGCGCAAUUGACACAACACCUACAAUGCUCUAGUAGCUAUCGCAGACCGAGCUUGAGGUAUUGCCGACACAAUGUCCUUCACGAAUGCGCCGGUUACGCGCAACCUGGUGUACGGCAUCAUUGGGUUAUCGAUAGCUGCCAGUCUUCUUGACAUCAAGCAUUACUUCUAUAUCCUAGUCGAUCUACACCUUUGGCGAUUCCAUCAGACAUGGAGAGUCCUCAUCUACCAACUUUGCUACACCAAUUCGGCUGAAGUACUAUUCGCUGCUAUGACUCUGUACAACAUGAGGGCUGUCGAGAGGAUGUGGGGAUCGAGGAAAUUUGCUAGCUUUAUCUUUGUUACCUUCUCAUUAACAAGCGUACUGCCACCCGUAUCUUUGGCGUUCUUCCUAAGACCACUUACAUUGGGUCUCUUCAAUUACCUCCCCGCCGGGCCGACACCCAUAAUAUUUGCAAUCUUAGCCCAAUAUCAUGCGAUGAUUCCACCGGUUUACAAGUAUAAGCUUGCGACUUCGCUAUCCGCGCAAGCAGAUGAUCAGGCACAGGGUAUCACAUUUUCUGACAAAUCGUACCGAUACCUGUUGGCAUUCCAGUUGGCCCUUUUUCAGUGGCCCGGAUCUCUACUCGGCGCAGCGGUUGGCUGGGCAGUAGGCAUGGCAUGGAGAACGGAAGUUGUACCACCUAGAUUAAUACGAUGGCGACUCCCAGGAUGGGUUGUAGGAAUACGAACACAAAGGAGAAGUCAAGAAUUUGAAGGGUUACGCAGGAGACUUGAAGGAGAAAAUGCAUCGACAGCCUCGGCAUCUGGUGUACAGAGCCAAGCUGGAGGGGAAGGAAGACGCAGGACGAUGGGUCAGCAAGUCAUGGAUCAGUUCCGCGGGGCAUUCUAGACAUGUCGGCUCAUAGAUGGACCAGCAAGAAAAGAAACAGAAAAAAAAAAAAAAAAGAAUAAGACAAAGACAAAAAAAAACAAAAGAAAAAAACCACCAAAUUCGAUUAUCACUUAACCAUGGACCCCAUCGCAUCGUCGUUGGCCCAUAAUCAUAAAUUAGGACUUACUGCGGCUGGGUUAUACUCUAAUUAUUGGAAUAACCUUUCUUGCCUGAGAAGGAUGGUUAUAGGG